AUGGCCACCGCAACCCUUCAUCAUCACGGCAUACACCGCCUCGUCUCCAUCGUCAUCCUUCUCCUCGUCGCCUUGGCCUCUGGUACUGCUCCCGGCGACAAGUAUCUCAUUGGCGUCGGCAAAGCAGACAUCACCGGACCUGUUGUCGAAAUUGGUUUCGCCGGAUAUGCAAAUUCCGAACAGGUUGGCUCCGGACUGCGGCAGCGCCUCCACAGCCGUGCCUUUGUCGUUGCCAACGUGAGGAAUCCGAAAGACUGUUUCGUCUAUCUCGUACUCGACACCCAGUCCGGAGAUACGGCGAUCCGGUACGGCGUCUUGGAGGGCCUCAAGGCCCUCGGAAACGAUUACAACGUCUAUGGCCAUAACAACUUGGCCUUGACGGGCACCCACAGCCAUGCCGGUCCGGGUGGUUGGUUCAACUAUUUGCUUCCCCAGUUCACGACUCUAGGCUUUAGCCAGCAAAGCUAUCAAGCGAUCAUCGCUUGGACGCCACCUGCUAACAUGCCUCCUUUCCAGGGCUACCUUGAUGUCGGCACCACGGUCAUCAAAGAUGGGGCCAUCAACCGGUCCCUUCACUCCUACCUCGCAAAUCCGAAAGCCGAACGCGACAGGUAUGAUGCCACGACCGAUACCACCAUGACACUCCUUCGCUUCCGCCGCGUAUCCGACGGCAAGAAUCUCGGCGUUCUCACCUGGUUCCCCGUCCAUGGUACCUCGCUCCUCGGAAACAAUACACAUGCCGCCGGCGACAACAAGGGUGUCGCCGCAUGGAUGCUCGAAGAGUCACUCAACGGGGACAGCUCCGCCGCCGACGGCUUCGUCGCCGGCUUCAGCCAGGCGAACGUUGGUGAUACGAGCCCGAACGUGCUCGGCGCAUACUGCGACGAUGGUUCUGGUCAAGAAUGCAGCUUUCAGAGCAGCACCUGUGCCGACGGCAAGUCGCAAAAAUGUCACGGCCGUGGUCCCGAGUUCCGAACGCUGGAUCUUGGCGUCAAGAGCUGCUACGAGAUCGGUCGUCGGCAGUUUGAUGGCGCCAAGAGAAUCUACGACUCGAUGGACGCCUCGGGGACUGCCAUUGUCGGCCCCACCGUGAAGGCCUUCCACUUCUUCCACGACAUGAGAUACUGGGAGUUUACGCUCCCCAACGGUCAAAAAGCCAAGACCUGUCCAGCGGCUCUGGGAUACUCCUUUGCCGCUGGUACUUCGGACUGGCCGGGCGCUUUCGACUUUACCCAGGGUGACUCUGGCGAGCCUAAAGCGAACCCCAUUUGGAAGCUCGUCUCUGGCCUUAUCAAGACUCCGUCUCCCGAGCAAAGGGCGUGCCACGGCGUGAAACCCAUUCUCCUGGACGUUGGCGAACUCGACCUGCCCUAUGCCUGGACGCCCAACAUCGUCGACAUCCAGACACUGCGUGUCGGCCAGCUCCUCAUCAUUGUCAGCCCCAGCGAGGCGACGACGAUGAGUGGACGGCGCUGGAAGGCGGCUGUGGCCAAGGAAGCGUCGACCUUCCUCAACAAGGCGCCCAUCGUCGUCCUAGGCGGACCCGCCAACAGCUACUCUCACUACUGCGCCACACCUGAGGAGUAUGCCGUCCAGCGUUAUGAGGGCGCCUCGACACUCUUUGGCCAGCAUCAGCUCGACGCCUACAUCAACCUCACCGUCAGUAACAUGCACUUCCUGCGCCCCGACUCGACAGCCGUACCAAACCAAGGCCGUCUCCCACCGGACAACCGCAAGAAGUCGGUGUCAUUUAUUCCUGGCGUCGUCGUUGACGGUCAUCCCCCGGGUUCCGAUUUUGGAAACACGGUUCGCCAGCCUGAUGCAUGGUACCUACUUGGCGACGUUGUCAAGGUAACCUUCCAAGCUGCGAACCCGCGCAACAACUUGCGACUCGAGGAUACAUUCGUCGCAAUCGAGCAACAAUCAUCCGACGAUACAUGGACGCGCGUGAGCGACGAUAACGACUGGUUCCUCGUCUACACAUGGCGCCGGACCAAUUGGUUUCUGGGCUACAGUGAGGUGGAUGUCACGUGGGAGACGGCAGGCCGUGCCAAGCCCGGGACGUAUCGAGUAAGAUACUAUGGUGAUGCGAAGCCAUUAAUCGGCAACAUCUCACCGUUUCAGGGGACGAGCAACAGCUUCAUAUUGACGGACAAGGUGGGGUUUAGAAACUUCUGA